CUGAAACGCCGGCGACGACAGAACAAACUUAAACCUACUCUGUAAAUAUAUAUAUAUAAAAUAACAUACACUUUAUAUACUCACACGAUAUAUAUAAAACAGCACACAUUAGUCGAAUUGAGCGCGCGACUCGACAACUUUCAUUACGCUCAAACCGCGUAACAAAAUAACUUUUAAAAAGUGAAAAAAAAAAAAAAAAUUAUAAUAAUCAUUACUAUUAAACACAAUUGUUAAACUAUUCUAUCUAGCUAGAGAGCGUGAGAUUAAAAAUAUAAAUCUUAACUUUGUUUAUUAAUUUUUAUUUACUUUUUGUAUUAAUACCGAGUGCAACAACAACAACAAUAAUAAUAAUAGUCGCUAGCUUUAAAAAAUAUAAAAGAAAAGUUUUUAACAUUAGUUUAUUUCGAUCGUUAUUCAGUAUAGUGCAUUACAUGUGUGUGGUUUAUAUUUAUUUCCCAAAUAAAUUCUAGUCAAUACAAUAAAAAUAAAUAAACAGGUAUAAUUUAAAAAAUAAAAAUGGUAACUGCAUAUGAGGCAAUAUCUAUUGCAGCAGACUUGUGUCUACUUUUAAUAAAAGUUUUUUACUAUACUAUCGAAAGUACUUAUCGUUUAAUUGUACCAAUUGAAGAAAAAAGUGUUGCUGGUGAAAUAGUAUUGAUUACUGGAGCUGGGCAUGGAAUAGGACGAGAAUUAGCAUACAAAUAUGCAUCACUCGGUGCAAUUGUUGUCUGUUGGGAUCUCAAUGCCCAGAGUAAUCAAGAAACUGUCAAUGAAAUAAUGAAAUUAGGCGCUACAACUGCUUAUGCAUAUCAAUGUGACGUGUCUGAUAGAGAAGAAGUGGUCAAGGUUUCAAAUCGAGUUAAAUCUGAAGUUGGUCACCCGACAAUAUUGAUAAAUAAUGCUGGUAUUAUGCCUUGCCAAAAGUUUUUAGAUUACUCUCCUGAGACAAUUAAAAAAAUAAUGGAUAUUAAUGUUCUCGCUCAUUUUUGGAUACUACAAGAAUUUUUACCGAUUAUGAUUAAAAAUAAUUACGGUCACGUGGUUGCAUUAUGUUCAAUAGCAGGAAUGGUCGGCCUUAAAAACCUUGUACCUUAUUGCGCAUCCAAGUUCGCUGUCAGAGGUCUGAUGGAAUCAUUGAACGACGAGUUAUCUUCCGCUGAAAAUAUUCAAAAAAAUAAUAUCAAAUUUACGACAAUCUAUCCAUACAUGGUCGAUACUGGUCUCUGUAAAAAACCGCACAUGAGAUUCCCGAGUUUAAUGUCGCUAGUACCACCCAGAGAUGCUGCAGCUGUUAUAUUAACAGCACAAAGACGUAAUUAUAGGGAUGCAACUAUUCCUAGAUAUUGGAACUCGGUAAAUUGUGUUUUGAGAGUAUUCCCAGAAAAAGCUGUUAUCGCAAUAAAAGAUUUUUUGAACAGUGGUGUUGAGGCUGAUAGUUGAACUAUUUUUAAAACAAACAAACAAACAAAAAUUAUUAUAAUAAGAAAAUCUAUUAAUUUCAUUUAAAAAUGGAUAUUCGCGAUUUAAAACCAUAAAAUUUUUUAAUAAACUUUUGUACAAAUUUAUAACUCAUUUUUACAUAUAUCAGAAUUUAAAAAUUAUUAUUAUUAUUUUGUUUAACAUUUGAUGAUCUCUAUAAAUAAGAAUUUCAUUUUAUUCAAAUAGUCUAUUAAUAUGAAUAUCAAUUAAGAAAAUAUAAAAUCAAAAAUAUAUGUACAUGUAAAAUUUUUAUUGAAUAAAAAAAUAAAUCUGUAUAAUAAUAGUAAUAAUAAUAUAUUAUGAAAUUAAAAAUUAAUUGGACUAAACUGUAGAUGAUCGUAGCCUUUGAAUCCAAUUUUAUUACCAGCAAUACGGCAGGCGAAGGCAAUGGCUGCUUGUAAAAUAGUUUGAUCGAUAAAUUCAGUAUUGCUGUAUUCCGAGCUCUCGAUGUUGCGAUUUAGUGUUAUUUUUUUAUUAAUAGUAGUGUCGUUAACAUAAUUAAUAUCCGAUAAAUGAGAUGUUUGUGAGCAACUAUUGUCUUGAUUUGCUUUUUCGGUUUUACUCUUUUCAUCAUCGGUAUUGUUAACUUUAAAUUGACAGUGUUGUAAUUUAACAUGAUUCAAAUAAUGUAAUACAGCUGCUGUAAAUGUGUCUCCAGCGCCCAAUGUAUCAACUAUUUGCGUAGGAGGGAAUGCUGGUGAUUGCACUAUUGUACCAUCUGGUGAUCGUGCCAUUGCUCCUCUGUCACCCCAUGCACAUAUUAUUGUCGCUCUUUAAUUUAAAUAAAUUUAUUUUAAAACAUAA